AUGGGAUAUAAAGACGAUUGCGAAGAAGAAGCCCGAGUGUUGGCAGAGGCAGAACGCCAAGCUGAAGCCCAACGCCAACAGGAAAGGAAUGCUCAACAAGAGCUUAUGAGUGCAAUAAUACGGCAAAAAAGAGAACAGGCGGAGAGAGAGGAUAGACGAAUGGAAGCGGAAGAUAAGCGGCAAGAUGAGAAUAUGAGAACGCUCCUGGACCAUCAAAGGAAAAUCCAAGAGGCUAAUCGGGAUAGAGCGGACCAACUGCAGAAAAACCAAGAUCAGAAUUUGAAGGAUGUGAUCAAGGAAGGAAGUGAUGUACUGGACAAGCAAAGAAAUUUCAAUCAGGCUGAAAUCAAAAACCGAGUUACGGAUCACCAAAAUUUGAUUACCAGAACAAAGAGAGAAACAGCUGAGACUGAACAGAAAGCUGAAGAAAAAGUGACCGCUUUAAAGGGAAAGAAAGAAGAACUGCAAACCAAGUUGAACGACGAUCGCAAGGAGUAUCAUGAAAAAAAAAUGGAAGUCCAAAAACAGCAUGCUUUGGAUAUGGAGAAGCACACCCAAGAAACAGCUAAUCUCCAAUUGAAACGGGAAAAGAACGAAAUAGCUCAUGGGCAAACUAUGGCAGCCAUUACAGCGUUCGCUCAAGCUACAAGAAAUGAAGUGGCGCUUGCUGCAGUGGAAGACGUCACCGAGAACAAUUUCGCUGAUUCUGUUUCCAAUACAAGAGACGCUGCACUUGCUGUUUCAAGAGGUGUGACUAGCAUGGAAAGGCAUGCCCUCAGUCUUCGAAAAGGAAAACCAGCACCACCAAAACUUUUGAAUGUUAUCAAGGUUGUGGAACGAAACUUAUACCACAGUAUUGAGACCCUGCGAACUGCAGUAAGCAGAAUCCGUGAUCAACAAGAAACCAGGAAUCCGAAAACUACAGAGUGUCAGGAAAUUGCCUUUAAAAUCGGCGAAAUCGAAGGAAAGCUCUCAUCUGCUCUAACCGCUUUCGGGGCUUCUAUAGAAGGAAGCGAUCCAAUUGAUAAUUCUCCGCAACUUUUCCAAACCGUUCAACAGAAAAACCGUGAGUUGCAAAAGCUGGUUAGCUCUCUUCCAUCGAUCACCAAAAGUCAACAUGCCAUUGGAGUAUUGGUAAAGUCCACUCAAAGUAUUCAAUUGGGAAGCAACUAUAUCCAACAGUCUCAGACAGUUGCGGCUAUUUUGAACGACUAA